AAACAUUUUUUUUUUACUAAGUGCCUGCCAUAUGCCAGACACAGUGUGACACUUGUGCCAGGCACGAGGAAUGGAAAUAAUCUUUUCCUCUUAAGGAAUUUACAAACAUACAUAGGGGGAAAAGAAAAGAAGAGGGAGGAAGGAGCGUCCCGAGCCCGGGGUGGGAGGGGGACACGAGAGCCAUCCACAACCCCCGCAGGCUUCUCCUCAAAAGUAGCCCGGAGGCGGCCGGGCCAGGGCUCGUUUCUGGAGUUUCACAGGACUCGACGUAAGCAUUCCAGGGAGGGAGUGAGCUGUUCCCAGGCAGAACUUCCAGGAGAUGGAGAAGAGAGGUGGGAGGAGAUUCUAGAGACCCCAGCCUCGGGAAUGGCCUUUCUCUCUUUCUUUCAUUUUCUCGCCUUGCACACCAGCUAAUUUGGGAGGCAAUGAAAGUCUCGGGUAACAUUUCAGAGCCUCCCUAGAGAAUACACAGAUCGAGGGCUCACCGCCAACCAAUUUUCUAAUUAGAAACUAAUCUCCCAGAGGCAGCUCUGGGCUGGGGCGUUUCCGGAAAGUCAAAGCGCGCGGCUGAGCCCGCCCCCUCGGAGCUCUAAGUUUCGUUUCUGCUGCCCAGCGCUCGGCAGUCCCAGACUCGACUCGGAGUCGGCCCCGCAGCCGCUCGCUCGCUCCUCUCCCUCGGCCGCUGUGCUCGCCGAGCCCGGGCGGACCAUGGCGGACCCGGCCGUGUGCGCCUUCCUCACCAGGCUCCUGUGCAGCCACGGGGGCCGCAUGGAGCUCCGCGAGCUGCUCAGCUUCGUCGAGCUGCCCGAGGUGCAGCUCCUCGAGGUGCUGAGAGAAGCGGGGCCUGAUCGCUUCGUGCUCCUGGACCAUGAGGGCGACGCCGGCCCGACGGUGCUGGCGACCACCCGCGUGCGAGUGUGUAGGCGCGUGGUGUGCGGGGGCGCCUGCGAGGCGCUGCACCUCUGCAAGCUCAACCUGUUGGACAGGUGUCGCCGCGAGAGAGAUUAUUGUAAAUACUCCCAUGAAAUUCAUUCAGAAAAGAACAUCAAAAUCCUGAAAAAGCAUGAUCUUUCUGGACUCACCAAAAAUGAGCUGGCCGUUCUCCUUCCCCAGAGUGACUCCUUUUUCCUUCCUGAUAUAUGUAAAUACUACAAGGGAGAAAACAGGCAAGACUCUUGCUCUAAGAAGACAGAAUGCAUGAAACUGCACAUCUGUGAACACUUUCUUGAAGGGAAAUGCGGCUUUGUCCACUGCAAUCGGUCACAUAACUUGAUGGAUACAAAGGUCUUGGAGUUUCUCAAAGAAGAGGGAUUCACCGAGUUAGUAGUUAGGAAUAUCCAGGACAUCUGUAAUCAGAAGCAUGCCAAGAGUGAUAAGCAUAUUUCCAGAAGAGGCCGGCCAAACCAAAAAAAUGUAGGAAGUAGGAGCCAAAGUAGGAAUCGUUAUUAUUUUGGGAGGCAAGAAUUAUCUCCAUCUCCAUCGCCUUCUGCUUCUGUUGGAACUGCCCGCAUUCCAGAACGAGAUCAAACAGGCCCGGCGCCAUUGCCAUCCUCCAAAGGCAAAGUGAGUGAGAGCGGAGUCACCAAGAAUAGCGUUGCUUUGAGUCGAGAUUGUGUCCAGUCAGUAUCAGCGUCUCCUAAGACUGCCAGUACCCAAGAAGUAAGUCAAGUUGGAACAGACUUGGGCUUUCCAGUAACUGACCAUAUCGAAGGCCACUGUGGGAGCCAAGAUGGCGUCCAGCAUGCUGCCUCCAUCUCUCCACUGGCUUCAGCUGACAAGAGAACCACGCCUGCAGUGAGUAGCCAUGCUUCCAGAAUAGUGAAUGUGUUCUUUGGGAGUGAAACUGACUCCUUCUUGAGUCCAAGUCCCGUAACCACUAGCAAAAACGGAUUAAUGUCCUCCCUCAGUUAUACAGAUGCAGGAGAUGACUGUGGAAGUCAGAAGGCUUAUUCUUCACCUCCUCCCAAGAAAACCGUUGAUAUGCAGGGCAUAGAAAGCAGUGCUGUGGUGUUUUCAAAAUACAAACCAACAACUAAUCUAAAGAAAGAAGAAUCCUCUUCUAAGAGUACAGACAGCAAGUUAAUGCUGAUGAAUUCCAAAAUGACUGAGACAGCAAUGUGGAUAUGCAACCUGGAAAUCCCAGUUGCAAAUAACAUAGUAGCUAAUGACAGUUGUAGUGUGAGAUCAGGAACAUCAUAUAAUAAGCAGUCGCAGCGACGGGAAUCAGCAGCAUGUAAAGUUGAUGCCACGACUCUGAGCUCGGAAGGAAUGGUUAGAGAUGAAAUAGAAAAGCCCUUUCAUCUGCCUCAGUUUAUCCAGGCGUCUCCCGUGUCUAACACAGCAACGGCCCGUGUACGACCAAAAGCAUCAUCUGCAAGUGAUGUCUCCCAGGGCAGAAUUCAGAAGAGCGUUUUAGCACAGUCUUCUUCACCGACAGUGAUGCAAGCUACCUCCAUCUCUAUGCCAACCUCAGACCACAAGACAGCCACGUCUUCCCAGAGGAAAAAGGAUGUUCAUAAGCAGUGGUUAUCUGAUCGUCAAGCGGGUUCUGUUUUUACCUCUGGUUCUAGUCAAAGUCCUGGCACCUUGACCACAAACAAAAGCAGAGUUGUGUCUCCUUGCAAAAGUACAAAUGCAGAGGAUUUCAAAGACAGAGUUUCUAAUGCAACACCUUCAGGAAUGGCGAAUAAUGGCUCUGAUAAGAUUUGUCUUGACUACCUCAGUGCGGAUUGUAAACUGCAGAGCUGCUGCAAGUUCAUCCAUUUUCAUUUACCCUACCGAUGGCAGGUGUGCAUUUCUGACAACUGGAAAGACUUUAAGGACAUGGAGGACAUUGAGAGAGCUUAUUGUGACCCAGGCAUCUCCAAAAGUCAUAGUAUCGACUUUCAGAAGAUGCUACUUGAUCAUUAUCCUGUCCGACGUCUCUGUACUCCAUCAUCUAUCCAAAACCCCGCUCAUGUGCUGGCCACUAAGUGGCAUUGGUAUUGGAAGAAUGAAUUGGACCAGUGGAUUGAAUAUGGAAAAAAGGAGGGUUCAGAAUUCACUUCUGGAGACCUGGAGUUCUUCUUUCUGCUCUGUCCAGAGGAGUUUGUGGAAUUUUCAGAAGGUCUUCAUAGAUACAAAGUGAACUUUAACGAAAUGAUCCAGACAAACGUAGUCUCUCAUACUAAAAGGGAGGUCCGAAGGAGGCCUGAGUAUGUGUCCUCUGUGACUCUGUACUGGACUCAAAAAAAAGAAAAUCAACACCAAGAGCAGAGCAAGAGAGUUUCCUUCAGUUUUCCUUCACACUGGGACGAGCUGAACCCGCCACAUACACAAUAUAAGUUGUUCGAGGUCAGAAGUACAUCCUUUGAAUAUAGUAAUAUCAGAUCCCGCUUUAAAACUACCAUGAAAAAUUUUGAUAUUCAAAAGAUAAUGAGGAAUCAGAACCCAUCGCUCUGGAACGAUUUUCAGCGGAAGAAGAGGAGAAUGUUGAAUGGGGGAAAUGAAAAGAUAUUAUUUCAUGCAGCAGACGCAUUCAACAUGCAUAUAAUUUGCAAUUUAAAUUUUGACUGGAGCUUCCAGUCACUGCGUGAAGCAAAAUAUGGAAAAGGUAUUUACUUUGCGAAAGACGCCUGCUCUUCCCACAACAAUCAUAAGAGCAGUGCCAAAAACAGGAUUAUGUUUGUUGCCCAAGUUUUGGUCGGAGCAUUUGUUCAAGGAAAAAUGGAGUACACUCAUCCUCCUCAAAAUGUCACCAGAUGUGACAGCUGUGUGGACAACAUGACCAGUCCCUCCACUUAUGUCAUCUUUGAUAAACAUCAGAUUUACCCCGAGUAUAUCAUCGAAUAUACAUAUAUUGAUAAAGGCUGUAGCAUUAGUUAGGAAGGAAAGAAGAGAAACAUGAUCGCACUCAAAAUAAUGAAAUUAUUCUGUACUGUAGAACUAGGUUGCCUAGGAUAAUGGUACUACUUUAUGCCUAAGCCUAAUAAUCAGGUAUAAAGUAUUUGAUCCCAUCUUUGAUUAUCAUGAUUUUCAGCAUUUUCUAGAGCAGCACGCUACCUGUUAUUGGUUUGGCUCUUUGACAAUCAUUGCAGUCUCAUGUCCUUAAUAUUUCUGUAUGGGGCCAAUUUUUGUUUAUGUUAAAGAAAAUUUAAAUUGAGUUAGAAAAUACUGGAAUAGCCAUUGUGAUAUGUACAUAUGUCCUGAGGUAUUUUAGAUCCAAGGAUGGGAAUUCCAGCUGUAGAGCUGAGACCCUAAUCUUUGAAAUUCUGAAAAUGAUUUGUAUUAAGUGUGCUGUUGCAAAUUAGCAACUAUGAUAACUUCUACUUAUGUGAUACGUUAAAGCAGAGGUUCCCAAAGUUAUUUGGCCUACUGCACCCUUUUCAAAAAAAGAAAUUACUCAACACCACCCCCUGGAAAUCCUUAACCCUUUAACAGUUUUUUGAAAAUUGUGGCAUUUCAAAAAAUUAUAAAUUUUUUUUAAAAAAAUGA